AGCAGCGGAGAAAAGAGACAGACAGAAAGAAAGAGAGGGAGCGGAGUGACGGAGCGAUAUCGUUGUAUUUUACAUGAUUAAAACACUACAGGAGGAGGAACACGCUCACGGAUCAAUAGACACAUAUCAGAAACACACAGUCCGUCAUGGAGUCCUAUGACAUUUUAGCCAACCAGCCGGUGGUGAUCGAUAAUGGUUCUGGGGUGAUCAAGGCUGGAUUCGCUGGAGACCAGAUCCCCAAAUACUGCUUCCCCAACUAUGUCGGGCGUCCCAAGCAUGUCCGCGUGAUGGCAGGAGCCUUGGAGGGAGAUAUGUUCAUCGGACCCAAGGCAGAGGAGCAUCGGGGCUUGUUGUCGGUGAGAUAUCCGAUGGAGCACGGCAUCGUGAAGGACUGGAACGACAUGGAGAGGAUCUGGCAGUACGUUUACUCCAAAGAGCAGCUGCAGACUUUCUCCGAAGAGCAUCCUGUUCUGCUGACCGAGGCUCCUCUCAACCCCAGCAAGAACAGAGAGAAGGCAGCAGAGGUUUUCUUUGAGACCUUCAACGUUCCCGCUCUCUUCAUCUCCAUGCAGGCUGUGCUCAGUUUGUACGCUACAGGUCGUACCACCGGUGUUGUGUUGGACUCCGGAGACGGCGUAACCCACGUGGUGCCGAUCUACGAAGGCUUCGCCAUCCCUCACUCCAUCAUGCGGGUGGACAUCGCUGGUAGAGACGUCUCGCGGUACCUCCGUCUGCUGCUACGCAAGGAAGGCUACAACUUCAACACCUCCGCAGAGUUCGAGGUGGUUCGCACCAUCAAAGAGAGAGCCUGUUAUCUCUCCCUCAACCCCCAAAAAGACGAGACUUUAGAAACAGAGAAGGCUCAGUAUGUUCUCCCCGAUGGAAGCGCUUUGAAUAUCGGUCCGGCGAGGUUCCGCGCUCCAGAGCUGCUGUUCAGACCCGACCUGAUCGGAGACGAGAGCUCGGGGAUCCACGAGGUUUUGGCCUACGCUAUCCAGAAGUCUGACAUGGACCUGCGACGCACACUUUUCUCCACUAUAGUGCUGUGUGGAGGGUCGACACUGAUCAAAGGUUUUGGAGAAAGACUACUAACUGAAGUCAAGAAGCUGGCACCCAAAGACGUUAAGAUCAAGAUCUCUGCUCCACAGGAAAGGCUCUACUCAACAUGGAUCGGCGGCUCCAUCUUGGCGUCGUUGGACACCUUUAAGAAGAUGUGGGUGUCGAAGCGUGAAUACGAAGAAGACAGAGCGCGUGCCAUCCACAGGAAGACCUUCUAAGUUUUGGGUGGAGAGGGAGCCAAAAACAUCCUGCGAUCUCCCCUCCUCCUCUUCCUCCUCCAACCCCCCACCUC